AGAGAAAGAAACGAGGCAGGCUAAAGCAGUCGUGGGUCGCGCGGCGCGACUCUCGCUUUUUUCUCCCCUCUUGUUGCGUGUUAAUAUUGGUCGUGAGUUUCUCUCUCGAGCUGCUCGCGGCUGUUCGCGGCGCAGCACAGAGAGUGGCUCGCGUGGUUUGCCGAAGGAAGGAAGAGACUAGAAGCGAAGAGAACAGAGACGACGGAAAGAAACAGCGCUGUCUCUCCUUGCGCUCGCGAGUGCGCUCCUGAAAGCAUUCGUGUAUGCCGAAGGAUGCGUGCCGCUCGCAGGACUCGGUCUGCCCGAGGUGGAUGUCGAGCCAGCGAUUGUUGCAAUGGUAUGAGCAGCGACAACAAUAAUAGUCCAGUGUUCCUCAAGCCGAGAUAAGUGUGUGAGUGUGUGCCUCGCGCGCGUAUGUGCCUAGGUAUAAAGUAUAGUCAAGGUUGUUAGUGAGUGCGUGCGGGAACGAAGCAAGGAAGACGAGGAGGAGGCGGAGGAGGUGGUGGAGGAGGAGGAGGAGGAGGAAGAAUAAUGCCCCUAUCGAGGCCGGGUCCCCUCGCUCCUGGGGGAAUCAGUGAGCAGGCCUAUCUGCCCCCCCUCAAGCCCACUCUUAUAGCAGCCAGCCAGCAGUUACUGAAGCAGCAGCAGCAGCAGCAGCAGCAGCAGCAACAGCAGCAGCAGCAGCAGCAACAACAGGACAACUCGUCGCCGGCUCACCACCUGCCGAGCCUGAACGCGAGCCUGCAGAAUCUCGCGGAGAAGGCUUCCAGGUCUAAUUCACAGUCGAGUUCACCGCUCGUGAAGAAUGGCGGCGGCGGCGGCGGCGGUGGCGGCGGCGGCGGCGGCGGUGGUGGUGGUGGUGGUGCUGGUGGCUGCAACGAGCAGUCGAGCAACGCGGUGGUCGUCGCAAAUAGCCAACAGCAGCAAAAGCCGAAAACGAUGAUUGUCACGCCGGACAUUGUGAUGAAGCUGUACAUGAGCAAGCUGACGCCCUACGAGCAUCACGAGAUCUUCAACUACCCGCAGAUCUACUUCAUCGGGGCGAACGCGAAGAAGAGGCCGGGCAUCAUCGGGCUGGCGAACAACAACGACUACGACAACGACAAGGGCAGCUACAUCCACAUAACCCACGACCACGUGGCCUACCGCUACGAGGUGCUCAAGGUCAUCGGCAAGGGCAGCUUCGGCCAGGUGGUCAAGGCCUACGACCACAAGAACCACGAGCACGUCGCGCUGAAGAUGGUGCGCAACGAGGAGCGCUUCCACCGACAGGCGCAGGAGGAGAUCCGCAUUCUGCGAGCGCUGCGCGAGCAGGACAAAGACAACACCAUGAACGUCAUCCACAUGUUCGACUCGUUCACCUUCCGCAACCACAUGUGCAUCACGUUCGAGCUGCUCAGCAUCAACCUGUACGAGCUUAUCAAGAAGAACAAGUUCCAGGGCUUCAGUUUGCAGCUGGUGCGCAAGUUCUCGCACUCGCUGCUGCAGUGCCUCGACGCGCUGCACAACAACAAGAUUAUACACUGCGACAUGAAGCCCGAGAACGUGCUGCUCAAGCAGCAGGGACGCAGCGGCAUCAAGGUGAUAGACUUCGGCUCGAGCUGCUACGAGAACCAGCGAGUGUACACCUACAUCCAGUCGCGCUUCUAUCGCGCGCCGGAGGUGAUCCUCGGCGCCUCGUACGGCAUGGCGAUAGACAUGUGGUCGUUGGGCUGCAUCCUCGCGGAACUGGUGACGGGCUUCCCGCUGUUGCCAGGCGAGGACGAGCCAGAUCAGCUGGCCUGCAUAAUCGAGCUGCUGGGCAUGCCGCCGCCGCGGUUGCUCGAGAAGGCCAAGCGCGCGCGGCACUUCGUCAGCACCAAGGGCUACCCACGCUACAGCGGCGUCAGCUUCAACGCCGACGGCAGCGCCGUGCUGAUCGGCGGCCUGUCGAGGAGGGGCAAGUUGCGCGGGCCGCCGGGCUCCAAGGACCUGAAGAAAGCGCUGAAGGGCUGCGACGACCCGCUGUUUCUGGACUUCAUCGAGAAGUGCCUCGAGUGGGAUCCCGAAAUGAGAAUGACGCCCAGCCGGGCACUGAGGCACGCGUGGCUCAGGCGGCGCCUACCGAGGCCACCGGAUUUCCAGGAGCAGCUGUCGCAGCAGCUACCGAGCAAGGAUCUGCCCAGUCUGACCACCAGCUUGCACUCGAGUCAGGCCAACUUGCAGCACGCCAGCAUGCUAAAUCCCGCCUCGGUCCAGGGCAGCGGUACGCUAGGUCUACGUACGUGCCCGUCCGAUAAUAGUCGGAGUUCGGCAAAGCAGCAGCAGCUGAAGCAGCAGUCGCAGACGCAGUCGCAGACGCAGACGCAGUCGCAGACGCAAUCGCAGACCAUGCUGCCAAGCCAGGAUUGGAGUUACGCGACAAAGUCGCAUCAGCAGGAGCAUUGGUCGAAAAAGGCCCAGCAGUUCGAGAGCAAAUUGCGCGAGCUGUGCGAUCACCUGAACGAUUUCAAGGCCGCUAAAAAAGGAGCGCCACAGCAGUCUCAGCAGCAGCAUCAGCAGCAUCAUCAUCAUCGCCUCUAUAGUCAACUGUCCAGGCAACUCAAUGAGCCUGCUAAUUCUUAUCCGAAAGCGCUUUGGGAUAGCCUCAGCUUGCAAGACGUGAAGCAGCGCAGCAACGGCCAUGACAGUCACAGUUCUCACGGCUCUCUUGUGAGCGUGAGCGACAGAUCACUGGUGGACAAGGAAGUCGGCUGGCAGCAGGAUAUCAGGCGCUACGCUGCCGAGAUGUGAGACUCGCCUGGGCUAAUCGCGCGCGAGUCGCGCGUCUAGCGGCCCCGUUUCGCUCGCUGCUUGCAGAAAGCGCGCCGAUACACAACUCUUUUCCGCGAUUUCAUUUUCAUUUUACUUUCUUCUAUAUACUUAUCAUUUUUUGAUACUUCGACGAAUCAGAGAGACUGUAAUACUUGCGAUAAUCAAUCGCGAGAUAAAUGACGACAAAUGAAGUCGACACGAGAUUUAAAUGUGAUAACCCGCGAGCAUUAGCUGUGUACUUAUUAUAAAGCAUGAAUGCAAGAAGAAGGAGGUGAUGAGGGGAAAAACAAAAACAAAAUUAACGCAACGUUCCGCUGCUGACAAAAAGAAAUACGUGUAUAUAUCUAUAUGACGAAUUGAAUUGACGUAUAUACUGCCAUUAGUUCAUUAAGCGAGCGCGUACCGAAGUACGACCACGACUUUUUGCACUGACAUUUUAAUUAUUAUUACAAUUACGUACAUAUAAAUAAAACUUGUAUAUGUAUUAAUCCGUAUAUAAUCGCUAAUCGAGACGAGCGGACGUUUUUACUCUGCGCCAUUCAACUACCACCACUUCACUUUCAUGAGAGACGACGACGUUUAGCACACUCUUCUUUUGGUUUGGUCGAUGAACAUUAUUAUAAAGACAAAAUAGCAAACAAAUAACCGAUCUGCCGAUAUACAUUGUUGACAUUGAAUUAUAAGGCUGUGAUCCGGCGUCUUGAUGUCGCGACAACGUGAGUUUCUUUAUACACUAUAAAUAACGAUAAACAAAAAUGAAUAAAAAACCAAUACGUUAACAAAAUAAUAAACAAAUAAAAUGUAAGCGAGCCAAGCGAUAUAGUGAUUUUGCAAGCUCUCAUUCAAGCAUUUUAGGAUUUUUAAUCUCGACGCGUGUGAUAAUGACGCGUACAAUUGUAAAACGCGUAUGUACAUCCGAUUCGCCUGCGAUCUCCAUCGCAGCUGGCCGCCGACUCGGAUUAAUUUGCAAUCACAAAAUUACACACACGUUGAGCUCAUUAAGAUCUUGGAUAUAUUAUGCAAGUGUAUAUCGUGAACGUAGCUUCGUUAAGGUUUUUCAAAGAACAUAUAUAGCUUUUUAAAAAUUGUGUUUACGCAACGAAAUUUCGCGUGUAUUUGCGUAUUAUAGUUGUGUGCUUGUAGUGUCGUCCAAAAGUGAAUUUUUACAUUGUUUCAGUGAAGUAUUGAUAUUAGGAGACUUUUGUACGGUGACAUUUUUGGUGAAUGAAAAUGCGCGGCAUUUUUUACUUGUCGAUUAUAUAAAAAUCGAUAAUUAAUGAUAAAUAAUAAAAAUUUGUCUGAAUUGGCGCUCGGCUUCGUUCGCUAGAAAUCGCGGAUGGAAUAUGUUUGCCGAUAGACAUGAUAUGUAGGAAUUGAAGCUUGCACGGCAAUUGUGUACAACUAUACCAACAUAUUUGCAUAAUUUUAUUGGUAUCAAGAAUAGCCGAGCAAUAGGGAACAUGCAUAAUGUAUCGAAUGCCCAGUGAUUCGUUUUUUCUCUAAACUUAGCGUUCAAAUACAAACCGUCUACUAUGUAAAUAUAUAACAUACAUAUUUAUAUAUGUAACACUGCUCUCUUUACACUAUCUAUCAUUGUCUUUCGCGUUUUUAUCUGUAAAAUACAUUUAUUUUGCGUGCAUUUGUGCAACAGUCAAUAACUCGGCUUACAGCGAUGUAAGCUGCCCGUUCACUUGAAAGUGCAAGUAGUCUAUUAUGGUUUGCGAUAAUAGGUUAAGUUAUGCAUGUCCCCCUGACCUCCUUGUAUGUGAGUCCCAUUCGUUUUUAUGUAUAUAGAUGUACGUAUGUAUGUAUGAUUUGCGGAGUACCGCAUGUUAUGUUUGUAAAUGCGGAACAAAAUACAAUUUAAGCAUUUCAAAUAAAGUCGAUCCACGGACAUUUUACAAGACUUGCCGCUCUCGACUUUAUGUUUUAAUCGUUGCAUUGUUCUUUUUUGUACCGAUUUCUACGAUAUACUUGCUGAUGUGAUCAAACAUGUGACAGCGAAAUGCUACUUGUCCUUAACUAUAUCAAAUACUUUUUGUUAUCAACUUUUGUAUGCUGGUCACUUACUUUUCCCGUUUAAGAUACGAUAAAGCGAACGAAUAAGCAUUUUGUUACGAAAUCACGUGAAUUAUUUUGGAAAAAAUGCCGUAUCUUAUCUAGAAAUGUGAACAUUUGCAUGCGCAAUUGGCGCUUUCAGUUUUCUUGUCAUAAGCAACAGAAAAAUUUGAUAAUCGCAGUCUUGAAUUUCUCUACUAGAUUUUUCAUUUCGACUUUUGUUGUUUAAGAUGUUUUUAUAAAUUUUUACUUUUACAUUGAAAAAAAAAUGUAACUUACAUACUCAGCAAGUCAUUUUCAAUUGCGACUCUACAAAGAAUAUACAAAUAUUAUAUGAAAAAAAAUUGACUAUUGCCUUGGUGAGCAUUUAGAUAUUAGAAUUUAAUCGAUGCUGUAAGUACGCACGUAUGCACGAUUAAUUGAAAUGGUAAAUAGCAUAAUACGCAAUUUUUAAUCGCUGUAAAGAAUGGCGAGUUCCAUUUAAUAUUCCAAUACGAUAUUCUGACAAAAUGUCAGUUUAUAGAAAAACCAAAGAAAGUGCAAUUUUACAUUGGACACAAGCAAUGUAUCCUCGAUUCGCCAAUUACUUUAUUUGGAAACCAAACUGUACGUAGACUUUUCACUUUGAGAACUCGUCAAUUCUCGACAGCGAGGCAGUUGCACGCGAUACGAGAAAAAAAAGAAAAACAUACCGUAUUAUACAUACCUUUGUACGCAUCAAAAGAUAAAAAAAUGAUAAAAAAAAGCUAAAGCCACGAGCGCGUGUUCGUCUUGUGUGUAUAACAGAGCAUUAAGACUAAUGAAACAAAACAAAUCCUAGGUGUAUAAGUGUAUAAAUAAGGGUGACUUUAUAUAUCUGCGUAAGCGAGAGCAAAACGGAGAGACACACAAAGUUGUAUCCUAGGAUCUUUUAGCGCGCAGACGACACAUGAUCUCGUAAAAGAAAUGCGAGUCCCGUAAAAAGAUAGCGCAUUUUACCUCCUAGUUGAAUUUUUUUGUCGUCCGCGCGCUCAUCGUCCCCUUGCGCGCGCGUCUGUGAUUUUGCGCGCGCAUGGGAUUGUGAUUAUUCGCGACGACGGAAAAAUGGGUGCGACGAGAAGAAAACGUAAUAAUAAUAGAAAGAGAGCGAAUCGACGAGAGGCGAUGAAGAUACGGAACUCUUGUUCGGUACGUGUUCGAAUUAUUAAUUAUUGUAUUUGCUAGUUCGAUGCGAAUGCGUGAGCCGAAUGAGUUUCUGAUCUUCGACAGAUAAACCAGUGCCCGAUUACCUGAUUUGAUUAUUAUGAAUGAAUAAAUACUGCUUA